AUGGCUUCCAAGACAAAGACAGACAUCACCCUCUACACCGUUGGUACACCCAAUGGCAUCAAGGCUUCCAUCCUGCUUGAGGAGCUUGGCCUUGAUUAUAAGGUGUACCCCAUCAAGAUGAGCGAGAACGAGCAGAAGGAACCUUGGUUUCUCGAGAUUAACCCCAAUGGUCGCAUCCCCGCCAUGACCGAUACCCUCAACGGUGAAAAGAUUCGCGUUUUUGAGUCGGGCGCCAUUCUGCAGUAUCUUGUUGAUCGCUAUGAUAAGGAUCACAAGGUUUCUUAUCCUUAUGGAUCUCGUGAGCACUGGGAGACCACAAGCUGGCUCAUGUGGCAGAUGGGUGGUCUGGGUCCCAUGCAAGGACAGGCAAACCACUUCAAGCGAUACGCUCCGGAAAAGAUUGAGUACGGCAUCAACCGCUACGUCAACGAGACACGCCGCCUGUACCGCACCCUUGACACGCACCUUGAAAAGUCGUCGUCAGGCUAUAUUGUCGGCGACAAGGUAACUAUCGCCGACAUUUCCUGCUGGGGCUGGGUCUCAAGUGCCAAAUGGGCUGGUGUAGACCUCUCCGAGUUCCCUCACCUUGAGAAGUGGCUUUACAAGCUCCUAGAGCGUCCUGGAUUUGAAGCUGGUCGCCAUGUGCCUACGCCUCACACUGCGUUUGAGACCAACAAGUUGACCGAGGAGGAGAUUGAGGCCAAGGCUGCUGCUUCGAAAGCUUGGAUCCAGGCUGGCAUGAAGGACGAUGCGAAGAAAUAA